AUGGCACCUCUGCCGGGGUUCAAGUAUGACAUCCCAGUACCCAAUGGAUAUGUCGUCGACAACCCGCUAGACGCCAAAGCAGUGGUAACAAAGAUAGGGGCACCUUCAAUGCUAAAAUCGCAGAUUCUUGCCGGUGGUCGUGGAAAAGGGAAAUUCGACACUGACGGCAAGGGCGGCGUGCGCAUAGUUUCGACACCACAUGAAGCCUUGACCAACGCGACCAACAUGCUUGGUCAUUAUCUCAAAACCAAGCAGACUCCGCCCGCCGGUCUGCUCGUCAAAAAACUCUACAUCUACAAAGCCGUCGACGUUGCCCAUGAAUACUAUUUCUCGGUCACCUUUGACCGCCAGAAAUCCAGCCCCGUAAUCCUCAUCUCAGAUGAGGGUGGCGUGAAUGUCGAGGCUAACUCAGACAAGCUGCACCGAUUCUGGUUCUCCUUGUCUGAGGGCAUAACACCCGAGAUUAUCGCAGAUAUCCGCUCAAGAUUGCUCUUCUCCAGGACCGAAAUGCCAGUCAUCGAGCAUAUUAUCCGGCAAAUGGUGGAGCUAUUCAACGCCAAGGAUGCCAUCCUGCUCGAGUUAAACCCCCUUGCCUUGACAUCUGAAGGGAAGUUUAUCUGUCUGGAUGCAAAGUUUGAUUUCGAUAAUUCAGCGCAGUUCAAACAGGAAGAUAUGUGGGAGCUUGAGGAGCGAACGCCAGACUCAGAGUGCGAGCAUGACGCUGCUAAGAAUGGCCUUGUAUACAUCCGUCAGGAUGGGAAUAUCGGAAAUAUUGUGAAUGGGGCUGGGCUAGCAAUGGCAACUAAUGAUUUGAUCAAUAUUCAUGGUGGGAAAAGUGCGAAUUUUCUGGAUAUCGGGGGGAAGGCAACGACUAGCACGCUGCUAAAAGCAUUUGAGAUCCUAGGGAGAGAUUCACAUGUUCAAGGGAUCUGGGUUAACAUUUUCGGAGGUAUUGUCCGGUGUGAUAUGAUCGCCAAGUCGAUUCUGCAGGCCACGUCCGCCAUGGGCAGAUUUCGAAUUCCGGUUGUGGUGAGGUUGCAGGGGACAAAUAGCGAGUCUGCACUGAAGAUGCUUGAAACGUCAGGGCUGGACCUUCAUACUGAAACAGACUUCGAACUAGCAGCCACCAGCAUCAUUAAACUAGCCUCCGGUGGGCAUUGACGCGUAUUGUGAUGUUCUUGCCUCUUUUGGAAUUAAUAAUCGUCAUUAAAUA